AUGAAUGUUGUUGAGAGCUUUGACAUAUGCUUGCCAGUCAGGGCUAAAGGCUUUGUUGUCUGGCGUGGUAUGACUACUGAUAUUCGGAAUAGCUCUCACCAGGAGACUGACAUUAAUGUGGAAAAUAAAUCAAGUUCACUGGUGGAGUUGGAGUCAAGUGAUCUGAAAUCAGAAUUCGUAAGAGAAGAUGUGUCUACUGAAGAAAUUACUUCCGAGCAAACAGGAGUGUGUCGUAAGUUAGAAGCUUUAGAUCACCAGCUUGGCAUAAAGGCAUCCCUCGUCCAUUACUUUGAGGGUAUAGGUGAAGUUCUUGGUGGAAGAGAAACCUCAGAAGAUGAUCUAAAUCGUAUGAAGGCAAAAAUCGAGGUUUUAGUGAAGGAGAAAGAAGCAUUAAAAGAAGCUUUAAAAGUCUCUGAAAAAAAGCUUGAUGAGGAACGUAGCAGAAGAUAUGUAGAAUGUGAAAGUGAGAUUGUUUCCUUAGAAAAGGAAAUAAGAACAAGUAAAUUAGUAAAGGGGCUGAAGAAGCAAACUGAAUUGCAGAUUGCAGCGUUUAAGAAAGAGAUACAAGGAUUAAAAAAAGCUAGAGUUGAAUUAGUAAAGCAAAUGAAGCAAGAUAAUAUUAAAUUCAGACGCUUACAAAAGGAAAAAGAAAAAGAAGUUGCUCAACUGAAGCAGCGUGAGAGAAAAAAGGAUUUUGAAAUUGUAAAAUUAAAGAAUAGAUUUGAAAAACACAUGAAUGUAUUAAAUCAGAAACUUGCAAAGUAUAAACAAGAGAAAAGACGCUCCCUGGAAAAAUCAACAAUGAAAACUGCAAAAGAUAAAAAGAUACUUCAGAAAAACAUAAAUGAUUGGCUUGAUCGAGACAUGGAAGUUGUGGUUUGCAGCAAACUUACUGAAUUUCAUUAUCAAAAUGUGGAAGACAAACUUAAAUCUACUCAAGAAGAGAUUAAUAAUCUUCGAAACAGUUGCAGCUCAAGUCUGUCGGAGGAAAAGCAAAAUUUGCUAAUAAAAGAAGCUGAACACUUAAAAUCAGUGCUUGAAGUACACAAAAGAAAAUUAACUGAACUGAAAGGGGACAAGUCAGAUUUUAAAGAUGAAAAAAGUGAAGAUCGGUGGAAUGAAAUAAAUAGUAUGGCAGAGGCAAAGAUUGCAUUGGGAGUUCUUUUCAAAAAGUGUGUUUCUGCGGAAGUUGGCAUUGAAAUGCAAAAAGAUUUAAUGGAGCAAGAAAAGGACCAAGAGAGUUUUAAUAUCAACUCAUAUGAAGAAAAAAUAAAAGUGCUUAAUGAUGAAAUUGCAGAUUUAAAAGAAAAUAUGCAACGCAUGCAAAGCAAUUAUGAAGACCAGAUAACAAAACUAAACUUAGAGUCUCAGUGCAAAGCAUUAGAUUAUUUGAAGGAAAUGAAUGGCCUUACUGAAACAGCUUCAGAAUCUGAAAAACAUACAUCAUUGAAAAAUCAAAUUGAAUUCCAGGCUCAAGAAAUAUCUAGAUUAAGUCAAGUAGCCAAGCAGUUUGACACUCUAAACAGGGAAAAUGAAAACCUGAAAGAACAACUGUUCAAAGCUAAAAAAGGAAAGAAAGUAAAUUGGAUGUUUGCUCCAACUUCAGGAUCAACUUCAGCAGCUCCUUCAGUGCCUUCAUCUUCAACUACAUAUGUAAUAUCUCUUCAUUUAUACAGAAGCUAAUUAAUUUGUUUACAUAUUCUCGAAUAUGUUU